AUGGGUAGUAUUGCUUCUUGGAACAUCAGGGGGUUGAACCGCUCCCUCAAACAGAAGGAGGUUCGUCAGGUAGUUGUGGAUAAUCAUGUUCAGGUGUGUGCAAUCAUGGAGAUUCAUGUUGACAGUUCGAAUGUAUCCAAGGUGUGUCAAAAGGUUUUCAACUCGUGGCUUUGGACUACGAAUGCUAGUUGUUGUACGAAAGGAACUAGGAUCAUGCUUGGGUGGGAUCCUAAUGUAGUUGAUGUUAUGGUCCUCUCGCAAUCUGACCAGGUAAUUCACACCCAAGUGAUGUUCAAACUUGAUAAAAAGUCUCUAUUUUGUUCUUUUGUGUAUGCGGAGAACCAUUAUAUGAAUAGAAGGAACUUGUGGCAGAAUUUAUGUGGUCAUAGUGUUUUUAUGAAGGAUAAGUCGUGGGCUCUUAUGGGGGAUUUCAAUGCCUCAUUGUUUCUUGAUGAUUCGAGUGCUGGUACUUCAAAGUAUAACAUUGGUUCACGGGAGUUUAAGGAAUGUAUUAAUACCAUUGAAGUCUUUGAUGUUAAUAGUACAGGCCUUCACUUCACAUGGACGAAUAAUCAGCAACGAGGAGGCACUAUUUUUAAAAAAUUGGACCGAAUCAUGUGCAACAUAAACUGUAUUACGGACUUUCCAAAUGCAGGUGCUUAUUUUCACCCGUUUCGGGUCUCGGAUCAUGCCCCUUGUAUUCUGAAGUUACCGGGUAUAACUAGAGAAAAACCAAGACCGUUUAAAUUUGUGAAUUUGAUUGCGGAAAAGCAUGAUUUUCUUGAUGCGGUAAAUCUGAUUUGGAACAAAGAAAUUACGGGGUUUCAUAUGUAUCAAAUUGUUAUGAAACUUAAGCUCCUUAAAACCCCCUUGCGAAAGCUUUUCAUUCAACAAGGCAAUCUGCAUGAGAAUGUUAAGAAGGCUAGAAAAGAGCUAGAUGAAUGCCAGGGUGACAUGGAUCAGGAUCCGACUAAUGAGACCCUUCUCGCAAACCAUAGCAGUCUUCUUCAAAGGUACAAGGAUGCUAUUCAUGAUGAAGCAAUGUUCUUACAACAGAAGUCGAAAGUGGUUCUUAGUCCUAAUAUGGAUCUUUUUCGCAAUAAGCUUUCGGCUGUGAAAGCUAAUAAUAUGAUUCGAUCAGUGACUGAAGGUGAAAUUAAAGAAGCAAUGUUCUCCAUUGCCGGGAAUAAGGCGCCUGGCCCGGAUGGAUAUACCUCUGUUUUCUUUAAGAAGGCGUGGGAUAUUGUGGGAAAGAAUGUCUGUUUAGCGAUUCAGAAUUUCUUUAUGAAUGGCAAGCUUCUUAAUCAGCUAAACCACACGGUAAUUUCUUUAAUCCCGAAGGUUAAGACUCCUGAGUAUGUAACAGAUUAUAGGCCUAUUUCUUGCUGUAAUACUCUUUAUAAGUGUAUAAGUAAGAUUAUCACCACACGUAUUAAAGAGGGCCUUGGAGAUAUUGUUAAUAUUAAUCAGUCUGCUUUCAUCCUGGGUAGAAAGAUCUCAGAUAAUAUUCUCCUAACUCAAGAGUUAAUGCAUAAUUAUCAUCAGAAUCAUGGUCCCCCAAGAUGUGCUUUUAAAGUUGAUAUUCAGAAGGCUUAUGAUACGGUAGAUUGGGGUUUCUUGGAAAAUAUUCUUCACGGGUUUGGGUUCCACCAAAAGAUGAUUAAAUGGGUCAUGGCGUGUGUUACCUCGACCACGUUUUCUCUGGCGAUAAACGGGAAUCUUCAUGGCUAUUUUAAGGGGAAGCGGGGGUUACGACAAGGGGACCCUAUGUCUCCUUAUCUUUUUACGUUGGUAAUGGAGGUCCUUACGUUGACCCUGCAAAAGCAAGUUGAUGUUUCUACUGAUUUUCAAUUCCAUCAUAAAUGUGAAGAACAGAGGAUUAUUAACUUAUGCUUUGCUGAUGAUCUUUUCUUGUUUGCUCGUGGUGAUCCUAAGUCAGCGGCUGUCAUUCAAGAAUCGUUGAAUAUGUUCAAGAAUAUGUCGGGGCUGGUUCCGAGCAUGAAUAAGAGCACUGCUUUUUUUGGUAGAGUUCCGAAUCAUGUUAAAAUUCAAAUUCAAACCAUUAUGCGGUUCGAGGAAGGUGUACUUCUGGUACGGUAUCUCGGUGUCCCUCUUAUCUCUUCUCGAUUAAUUUAUUCUGAUUGUAAAAAGCUUGUUGAAAAUUUGGAAUCGAGAAUCACUGAUUGGAAAGCAAAAAGCUUGUCUUUUGCUGGUCGUCUUCAACUUAUUAGAUCAGUUUUAGCUUCUAUGCAUGUGUAUUGGUCGUCUGUUUUGAUCUUACCAAAAAGAAUUAUUCACGAUCUUGAAGAUAGGAUGCGAAGGUUUCUCUGGGCUCAAGGAAAUAACAUCAAAGGUAAAGCUAAAGUUAAAUGGAGUCGCGUGUGUUUGCCUAAGACAGAAGGUGGUUUAGGCAUUCGGAGAAUCUAUGACAUGAACAACGCUCUUAUGGUAGCGCAUAUUUGGAGCCUUUUGACCCAUAGGGAAUCCUUAUGGGUUAAAUGGGUUCACUCGUAUCGUAUCAAGGGGAGAAGUUUUUGGGAUGUACCUAUUCGGAACAAUAUGUCAUGGGGUUGGUGUAAGAUUCUCCAAUUAAGGUCGAUCAUUCGCCAACACAUCUGGAUUAAAUUGGGUAAUGGCGCUAAUACGCAAGUCUGGUUUGAUAAAUGGGAUGCCGUAUGUCCAUUGAGCCGAUUCAUCACUCCGAGAAUGAUAACAAAUGCGGGUCUUGAGAUGGGGGCUACGGUUGCGGAUAUGGUUCAUAACGGUGGGUGGGCUUGGCCGAAUUCUUGGGUAUCUAGAGUUCCGGCAUUGCAACAACUCGAGAAUGUGACGUUACUCUCACAAGUCCAAGAUAGGACUAUUUGGCGGUCUAGAAGUGGUGAAGAUAUGGAGUAUAGCACAUUUGGGGUGUGGAAUGAUAUUCGUGAAAUCCAAGAACCGGUUAACUGGGAUCGUAUAGUGUGGUAUCCACAGGCUAUCCCUCGGCAUUCGUUUCUUAUGUGGCUCAUCGUUUGCAAGAAACUUAAAACACAGGAUAUCAUGUGCAAAUGGCGGGCGUCGGGUAAUGCAAAUUAUAAUUUAUUGUGUUGCUCCUUAUGUACAUUGGGGCCGGACUCUCAUGAUCACCCAUUUUUUGAGUGCGAGUUUGCCUCUCAAGUAUGGUAUGGGGUUCGUGACAAAGUGGGCAUGCAAAUGAUCGGGAAGAGAUGGGACGAUAUCAUGGAUUACCUAAGGCAUCAUGCGGCUUCAAAAGAUGCUUCUCACAUUAUUGAUAAAUUAGUGGUGGCGGCAUCGGCUUACUUUGUUUGGCAAGAACGUAAUAAUAGAUUGUUCUCAACUAACAAAAGGAAUGUGGCUCAACUUAUCGAGGUGGUCCUUAUGACUGUUAGAAUGAAACUACAUACAAUGAAGUUUCGAAGAACGAAUAGCGUGAAUCAAGUUUUAAGCGAGUGGAGUCUUCCUCGUGAGUUGCUGUUAGACCAAGAUGAUUUUGGCUGA